AUGGAGGGGAAGAGAUCAGCAAUAGUAUUGCAGUCGGGAAACGAGCGGAAGCGAAUUAGAGAAGCGAGGUACCGGGGGAUCCGGCGGCGGCCGUGGGGGAAGUUCGCGGCGGAGAUUCGCGACCCCGCGAGGAACGGAGCGCGGGUGUGGCUCGGGACAUUCGAGACGGCGGAGGAGGCGGCUAGGGCUUAUGACCGAGCGGCUUUUGCUUUCAGGGGUCAUUUGGCCAUCCUCAAUUUCCCCAACGAAAACCAUUAUAACACAAUUAGUCCAAGAUUAAUCUCUGAUUCCAAGUACUACACGUCUUCGGCUGCUGCUUAUUAUUCUUCGUCUUCUAGUUCCUCGUGCGCUGCUGCUGCUGUGGCUGCUGGGCGUCCGAGUGACGUCAUAGAGUUUGAGUAUUUAGACGACAAGUUGUUGGAGGAUCUCCUUGACACGCAAGAUGAUCAGGAUGGGCACUUGAAGAAACUUAGAAUUGGAUGA